GAGAGGAGAAAACGACUCGGUCCAUAAUUGCCACAUUUUUUUUCCCUCCUACCCUUUCUUUAUUAGUCGUCCCCGGCACCGCCUUGUCCUUUACAUCACUUUCUUGUACCGCCGCCAAAACCGAGGGCGGUCAAAGUCCUGCAGUUACUUUAAUUAACAAACCUUUUUUUACCGCGGUUAAACAAAAUGAAACGAAAUUUCAAAUAUCUAGACGUCAGGAGGAUGAUAGUUCAGUCUUUGAGUCUCAGUGAAAUUUUCUGGUUUUUUGAGUUAAGCUUUGAUCAUAAGAAGAAGAAGAAGAAGAAGAAGAAGAUGAUGAUGAUGAUGAUGAUGAUGAUGCUCAUGAACAAGAACUGGAAGUUUGUAAGAUUAAGACAAGAGUUCGGAGUUGGUGUUGUGCUGUUUUUGUUAUGUCAAAGUUUGGGUUGCUGGUCGUUGAAUGAAGAAGGAUUCGCGUUGUUGAGACUAAGAGAGAGUGUGGUGAGUGAUCCGUUUGGUGCUUUUUCGGAUUGGAAGGAAGAAGAUCGAGAGGUUGACCAGUGUUCCUGGUUUGGUGUCGAGUGCUCUGAUGGCAGAGUUGUUGUUCUGAACUUGAAAGAUCUUUGUCUUAAAGGAACAUUGGCACCUGAGCUUGGAACUCUAGUUCACAUUAAGUCUAUUAUUUUGCGGAACAACUCUUUUACUGGAAUUAUUCCUGAAGGGAUUGGAGAACUGAAGGAAUUAGAGGUGUUGGACUUGGGAUACAAUAACUUCAGUGGACCACUUCCACCUGAACUUAGUAGCAUUCUGUCACUAACAAUCCUUUUACUGGACAAUAAUGAGUUUCUCGGCAGUUUCUCUCCUGAAAUUUAUGGACUUCAGAAGAUUUCAGAAACUCAAGUGGAUGAAAAUCAACUAUCUAAUGCUGUUAAAUCGUCUUGCAAGCAAAGAUUCAAUACAUGGAAUGUUGACCAAUCUGAAGAUGCAGUGCAAAGGAGAUUGCUGCAAGAAAUACCUGCCACUACUGCAACGUCACCAAAAGCUGCCUUUUUAAAGUUUAAUAUACCUUCAUCUGCUUCUGUUCCUCCUCAAGUUCCACCUCCUCCUGCAUCUGCUGAACCUUCUACACCUGGUACAUUGGCAAGAGGUGUUCCUGCCCAAGGACCUUCCUGUGCUCAAGCUCCUUCUCCAUCAGAAAAUAAUAUAGUAUUACCAAAUGCUUCUGCUCCAUCCCCUUCAGGAAGCAAUCCUUCAAGUUCUCAUUCUACUACAAAUCAUCGAACUGCAAUACUGGCUGGAGCCAUAGGGGGUGCCAUAUUUCUUUUAAUAGUAAUAAUCGUUGCCUAUCUCUUUGAGACUUCUAAGGUAUCUACUGUGAAACCUUGGGUGACAGGGCUAAGCGGGCAGCUCCAGGAAGCAUUUGUAACUGGUGUACCAAAGCUGAAGAGAUCAGAACUUGAAGCAGCCUGUGAAGAUUUCAGCAAUGUAAUUGGUUCUUCGACAAUUGGCACUGUGUACAAAGGGACACUGUCUAAUGGGGUUGAAAUAGCUGUGGCCUCUGUCCCAGUGAAAGCUGCCAAAGAUUGGUCAAAGAAUUUAGAAACACAAUUCAGGAAGAAGAUUGACAAAUUAUCAAAAGUGAACCACAAAAAUUUUGUCAACCUUAUUGGAUAUUGUGAGGAAGACGAGCCUUUCACUAGGAUGAUGGUUUUUGAAUAUGCUCCAAAUGGCACACUCUUUGAGCAUUUACACAUUAAAGAAUCUGAACACUUAGACUGGGAGAUGAGGUUGAGAAUUAUAAUGGGCAUAGCUUACUGCCUCGAGUAUAUGCACCAGCUGAACCCACCUAUACCCCAUAACAACCUGUUCUCCUCGGCUGUCAAUCUAACAGAAGACUAUGCAGCCAAAAUCUCUGAUCCAAGUUUCUGGAAUGAAAUAAGUACUGCAGAGAGGGAAGCAGACAGAAAAAACCUUUCAGAUACCCCACCAGCAAGCCUAGAAAGUAAUGUUUAUAACUUUGGCGUAUUAUUAUUUGAAAUAGUAACGGGUAGGAUGCCUUACUUGGUGAAUAAUGAUUCACAUGAGGAUUGGGCAUCAGACUAUUUGAGAAGGGAGCAAGCCCUCUUAAAGAUGGUUGAUCCCACUCUAAACUCUUUCAAUAUGGAGCAACUUGAGAAAAUUGGGGAGGUCAUAAAAAUUUGUGUCCAACCUGAACCUGGACGGAGACCAGAUAUAAGAGAAGUCAGCGCAAGAUUAAGAGACAUUACUGCAAUUACAUCUGAUGAUGCAAAGCCGAAGCUUUCUCCCCUCUGGUGGGCAGAGAUGGAAAUUAUGUCCACCGAAGCAAGCUAGGGGACGAAGUUGAUGUUCUAAGUAUGAAACUAGGAUGUUUUCUUAAUCUUAUGUAGGUGAAGAGGCAAAAAGAAGUUUGCCUGUAGGUCAGUACCAGUCGUAUGUAUUUUAGGGUAGUUGAAAGUUUGUUGUAUAUAUUUGAGAUGGAGAGGAAAUCCAGGAAAUCUUCCUUAUGUUGGCUUUCAGUGUGACAAAUACAUAAAAGAAAAAAGAAAGG